AUGCGUGGUUCCAAAGGGCCGGCGCGCCUGCAUCUCAUAGUAGUUUAUUUAGUCUGGCUACGUAUCUCUUCUUGCGCCCUGAGCUCCUCCCUCUUCUCUUUGUUGGGCCGUGGUUGGGGAGACGAUAAACUUGGAAAGAGUCCAUGUUCGCCAGCAACUUUACCAUUGAAGGGCUCGCACCUCGACCACGUGCGUGGAAAGGACAACCUCAAGACAUGCAGCCAGUCGCAGACGAUACAUUCGGGUGAAGCGAUGAUCAAUUACUUCUGCUGCACGUGCGACACUCUCAUGUACCGCCUCGCCGAGCGUUUACCGGGCCUCAGCAUCUUGCGCAUCGGCACCGUCGAUGACCUCUCACUACAUGAGACCAAGCUCCGGCCGCGCCAGGAGCAUUGGACCAAGGACCAUGUCUCCUGGUUAAAGGGCAUCCAGAUUCCGUGUCUGCAUUCAAACAGACGUUGA